AGAAUCAUCAGGCACUAUGGGGAAGCGGGAUAAUCGGGUGGCCUAUAUGAAUCCUAUAGCAAUGGCUAGAUGGAGAGGCCCAACUCAAUCUGCAGGCCCAACAAUCCAAGAUUAUCUGAACCGACCAAGGCCUACCUGGGAAGAAGUGAAGAAACAGUUAGAAAAUAAAAAGAAAGGCUCUAAGGCAUUAGCUGAAUUUGAAGAAAAAAUGAAUGAGAAUUGGAAGAAAGAACUUGAAAAAAGCAGAGAAAAAUUAUUAAGUGGAAAUGAAAGCUCAUCCAGAAAAAGAGAAAGAAAGAAAAAGAAAAAGAAGAAAUCUUAUCAGUUAUCAUCUUCUUCAUCAAGCUCUGAUUCUUCAAGCAGUUCUUCAGAUUCUGAGGAUGAGGAAAAGAAACAAGGGAAAAAAAGAAAGAAAAAGAACCACUCACACAAAUCAUCACAAAGCUCUACAUUUGAGUCAGAAUCAGAGAGCAAGGAAUCUGUAAAAAAAAAAAGGAAGUCAAAGGAUGAAACAGAGAAAGAAAAGUAUACUAGAACCCUCAGCAAAAAAAGAAAGAAAACUUAUCCUGAGGAUAAACCUUUAUCAUGUGAGUCCUCAUCAGAGUCAGAUUAUGAAGAGGAAGUGCAAGCAAAAAAGAAGAGAAGGCAUGAAGAACAAGGAAAAACAAUGGAUAAAGUGAAGAAGAAGAAGAAGAAACAGAACAAGAAACACAGUAAGAAGAAGAAAAAGAAGUCCUCUUCUAGUCAUAAGUCAGGAUAACAUCAAAAAAAGAAAGAA